AUGGACGACUCCAUCUACUCUAGUUAUCCACCCCAUCUGAACCCCGCACAGCAGGAAUAUUUGGUGACAACGAUUAAAGAUUGGGCAUCGCAGAAUGGCCUUGUUGUUCGACCUUCGCCUGCAUUGAUCUCGCAGGAGUCCAAUCCGCAUGGAGUUUUGGCGACAAAUGCUCCAGUGACUUUGUUCCCCAGUCUUUUUCCAAAGUCCUGUUUCGAAGAGGCAAAGGCGUUGCAAACUGUGUACAAUCAACUUUAUGCAGCUAUAACAUGCAAUGAAGAAUGGAUUGAGAAAGUAAUGGAAGAUCUCAUUGACGUUGACGACUUCGUCUCGAAUCUAUGGAAGGUCCAUCUUGCAGUGAAGAAAGAAGGCUAUGCUCAAACACUAUCUCUGGGUCUCUACAGAUCUGACUAUAUGCCAAAUAUCUCGUCAAAUUCGAAAGACCCGUCUUUGAAACAAGUGGAGUUUAACACCAUCGCAUCAUCGUUUGGCGGUUUAUCGUCCCUCGUGGCAUCGUUGCACUCCGAACUUCUUACUUCUCCCCCAGGUCAUCCGAUCAGCUAUCCGCCACACCCUAUGCUCACUUCGGGACAGACGCCCCCAGAAAACACAUCCGUUGAGACACUGGCUGCAGGACUAGCUGCUGCACACAAUGCGUAUGGAGGAUCGAAAUCAUCGCCGGCUCUUCCCUCGUGUAUCCUGUUUGUGAUCCAGGAAAAUGAGAGAAACAUAUUCGAUCAGCUGGCUCUCUUCAAGCAGGUUACCAAAACCCACAAGAUACCCGUCUUCCGUCUGCUCAGCUCCGAAAUCUUGAACCACACCUCAAUCCCGAGUUCCAAUCCUUCGCGUCCCUUGGUGUACACGCCGCCUCAUUCUCUUUCCACACAGUUCGAGGCGACAACAGUGUACUACCGGUGUUUCUAUGCCCCAACUGACUACAAAUCUGAGCGCGAUUGGGAGGCCAGGGCUCAUCUGGAACGCUCUGCAGCGAUCAAGUGUCCUACUGUCUUGAAUCAGUUGGCUGGCUGUAAGAUUGUACAGCAGGUUCUGGCAGAGACUACAGGAACUGACCAUCUCUCUUCCUUCAUGGCUGGUACCGAUGCAAACACCCUUGCAAGACUGCGCGAGACCUUUGCACCGCAGUUUGACCUGUCAGCCGGUGGCCGCGGAAGAGAGCUUGCCCUCAACCCGGAGACAGCCGUGAACUACGUCCUGAAACCGCAACGUGAGGGCGGAGGUAAUAACAUCUAUAAAUCUGCUAUCCCCGACUUUUUGCGAUCAAUCCCCGAGGGUGACUGGAAGCGCUGGAUCCUGAUGGAACUGAUCACACCCCCUCCCAAUGCCAAAAACGUGGCUCUCAGAAGUGACGGAGAGGUUCUGGGAGGUCAUGUCAUUGGAGAGCUGGGAAUAUAUGGAACCAUCCUUUGGGAUCAAGCAGGAGGAAACAUCUUGCACAAUGAGCAGGGUGGAUGGUUGAUGAGAACCAAGGCCAAGGAUGUCAAUGAGGGAGGAGUGGCAAGUGGGUUUUCUAGUUUGGAUAGCAUUUUGCUUUUCUAA